AUGUUUCGAGGAAAGUCCCGAGGAAGAGGAGGCCGUGGGCGCGGCGGAAGACAGUCCACGCAACCCCGAGGGCUGUUCGCCGAUGGCAUCUGGCAUUGCGAUUGCUCGCCGCGCCUGCCAGCAGAGCAUUUCAAGGUGAAGAAGGAGGGCCAGAAUCAAGGCCGAUGGUUUUACACUUGUCAAAAAGCCGACCCUGAUCGCUGCGGCUUCUUUCUGUGGAACGAAGAUGCUCAAGUCAGGGAAGAAGGCGCGGUGCUGGGAGGUCGGAGGUCGGAGCCCAGGGCACAGGCGGGAUGGACUGCAGGGAGAGAGGCAGAGGAGCGGUCGAGUGCCCUCCCGCCUGGUAGAGGGCUAUUUCAACGCAUGGAUGGUAACAGUGACGAUGACGACGACAACGACUCGACCGCCAGUCCCAGCCUGUCGCCCUCGAAUCGCGCAAGUACAGCGAACAAACGAUCUGCACAUGAAGCUGGCAUGCAUGAGUAUGGGUCUGCAGAUGUCGAUGACGAAGAUCAAGACCAUCGAAGACACUCAGCCCGCCCCUCCGACCCCAUGACCCCACACAAAAUGCAAAAGACGGGCGUCUACGCCACUCCUGCAACGACAGCGAGAAGAGCGUUGCCUUGGAUGGAACAAUCCUCGAGCGUCGAGCCGCAAAUCAAGAACGAGCCGGGAUACUUCGAUACACCCUCAAAACAACCGGUUGCAAGCUCAUCGACAGCGCACUUGCGGACAGUGGGCCCGCAGACUCCCGCACCACUGCCCACACCAGACGUAGCUGCAACACCAUCGCUGUCCACCCGUCACAAGGAUGCGCUUGUCAACCCCGCGGACGAUGCCAGCUCGUUGACAGCAGAAGUAUUAUCUGCGCUCUCCGCCACCCAUGUUCCAAGCGACACGCUGUCCAAUUUACGAAGCAUCCUUACCAAGCACGACCUGCGCAAUCAAGGCAUCAAAAAAGGUCGCGAUAUCAGUCGGUUGGCCCUGAAAGCCAAAGACGCCAAGAUCACCGAAUUGCAGGCCCGCAUUGCCAGUCUGGAGGCGGAUCGCGACGUGGAGCGAUGGCUUGGAAAGACAAAGAAGUGGGACAGUGCGCGAAGUGGCACUUAUGAGGAAUGA